AUGAGUGAUAACAACACUAGUGGAAACAAUACAUCAUCAACCAAUCAAAAUCACUCACAAGCAAAGGAGGCACUAUUGCAAUCCCAUAAAAAUUGUAUUUCAUUUGUGAAGAAACAAUUAUCGGAUCCUGUCAUUACAUUUGUUUUGCGAGAAAUAGAGAACAUGGGAUGUCCUUUGCCAAAUCCAUUUUUUCGAUGUGAAAGAUGUUUGCACAGCUCGUUGGAUAAACCAAAAUUCAGUGCUGCUUAUGUUUUGGGUUCUUUUGAUAAAUUUGAUAAAGAUGAACAAGAGACUGAUAGUGACACUAUUGAUACAGAUAAUUUCUUUGGUAAACCUGGAGUAUUAUUAUGUGAGGAUGUUAUGGAAAGGUAUUCCAAAUCAGAUGACAAGACUGUCAUUUUACACGAACUUAUUCAUGCCUAUGAUGACUGUAGAGCAAUGAUUAACUGGAAGAGUUGUGAACAAUUAGCUUGUGCUGAAAUUAGAGCUUCCUCACUGAGUGGAGAAUGUGAUUUUUUGCAUGAAACUAGGAGAGGAAAAUUGUCAGGUCUUAGAGGACAAUUCAUGAAUUGUGUCAAGAGAAGAGCAACUUUGUCACUCAAUUCCAGUGCUAUUUGUGGAGGUCAAGAUAAUGCUAAGCAUGUAGAAGAUGUUUUCAAGACUUGUUUCAAUGAUACAGAACCAUUCAUCAAGAGAAUUUAA